AUGGCGGCCUCGGCGAUGCUGGGCAGCGUCGCCCCGCCGCCGCUGUUCACCCGGGUGGCGGACCUCAGGGCGGCGCAGCUGCACAGCGGCACGUGCCCGGCGAACUCCGACCAGGCGACGUCUAUCUGCGGCGGCGAGGGCGGCUCCGACGGCGCAGUCGCAUGCUCGGGCGACGAGGAGGACACCGAGGGAACAGAAAGCGGCAGGGUCGCACGCCGCGGCAAAGGCGACGACCCGCCACCGUCAGGCGACGGCACCGGCAUGACGGAGGCCCCCGCGGCCGGCGCCGAGGGCGGGCCUCGCCCCGACGGGCCCUGCAAGAACGGGUUCAAGGAGUACGGGAACGUCUACGAGAAGCACGAGCCCACCAUGUUCGGCGACUGGAGCCACAUGGGCCGCGUCACCGACUUCUGA